AUGCGAAGAUAUUUUGAACAGUUUGGUGAAAUUCUUGAAGCUGUGAUCAUCACUGAUAAGAACACUGGAAAGUCGAAAGGAUACGGAUUCGUGACUUUCCGCGAUCCUGAAUCAGCUAAUAGGGCUUGUGCUGAUCCAAAUCCUCUGAUUGAUGGAAGAAAGGCAAAUUGUAAUAUUGCUUCAAUGGGGCGGCCUCGACCAUCACCACCAAGAGGCAGAAAUCAAUUGGGAAACCCAUAUCAUGGAGGUGGAGUAGCACAGGGUGGAUCGUCAUCCUAUACGCCAAUACCUCCGCCUCCUCCACCGCCACCACCGCCUCCUCCGGUCAUCUAUCCACCUUAUGGGUAUGCCACAUACCCACCUGAUUAUGGAUAUCCUCAGACUGUGUAUAACCCUCAUGUUCAGCAAGCACAAUAUUAUCAUCAGUUAUAUGGGAGUUCAUCGUCGGCCAUGGCCAAUCCAUAUUACUACGGAUAUUCCAUGCAAGCAAGGGGGGCAUUUUCUGUACCCCAGGCGCAACGUAUCCAAGGACAGUCUUAUUUGUACUAUCCUACGCAGAUGGAGGGCUCCACUCCCACCUAUCCUCCCCCUCCUCCUCGUCUGCCUUUACUACAGUCAACAAGACGUCCUUUGUCAUCUCCUACUGAUUCACAGGCACCUCCUCCUCAAACCUCAACAGAAACAGAAGCUGGUCCUGCUACUUCAGGAAGUGCGACUUCUUAA